AUGAGUGCUGUCAAUCACUAUUACCAGGCGGAUCGUCGUAGUCCAUACUUGCUGGAUCCUGACACCAAUGCUGCUGUUGAUUCUACUGAUCUGAACGCUGUUGCUUCUUCUGAAUUACUACCAAUACCUAUGCCACCACUUUCAAUAUCAACACAACCUCAAUCACCUGCACAACAUGAAUAUCAACCACAAUACCACCAAGAAAUUCACCCUGCCUAUACUCCUUAUAUACAAGAGCCUGAUAGUUUACAGUUAAAAUCUGACAAUAAUCAAGCCUAUCCGCUAUCACCUCUUCGAAAAUCCGAAGAACACCUUUCGGAGCAGGAAUCGCAACACCAUUUGCAUGAGCAAUAUCAAGCUCGACAUUCUUUGGAAACUGUGCAAUCUCUGCAAUCAUACAAUGAACUGUCGUUUAUGUACCAAUCUGACUUGUCAAAUGAAAGCGGAUUAAGUCACUUGUCAUCCUAUUCGUACGACUCUUCCCAUAUGUCAUCACAAUCGUCUUUCCAACACAGUAAUGCUGACCACCAGCAAAAUGAUUCGGAACAAUCGCAGAUAGACCAUCUUCCUGUCGCUAAUAUGUUUGAACAGGAGUCGAUAGCAUCGAUUCGGGAGUACUUUAAAGCAUUGCUCAACUUUCCAAAAAAAGCAUUGGAAUCAUCUCAAACUUUGAUAGAGUUUCUUUUAUCGAGUAUUAUUCAAACAGCAGCCAUUGACACUCCCUUUGGAAUUAGGCCGUUGGUGAUUGCAGACUUUACUACUAUUGGAAGACCACUUCGAUGCGUUGAAGAAGCAGUACAGACGCAUAUAUUGGCCCAUUAUGGAUCUGUCCAAACUGGUACAAGUGGCAUUGGCCUGUCAUUCAUGUCCAAAAAACUCAUUACAUUUUCAAAUACAAUUGUCAAGGCGUCGUUUGGAGCCGAGACAAACGAUUAUGCAUGCUUAUUUACAGAUAUUCUCCCACGACGGUUUGUAGAACAGUUGAUUCGGUUUUUAGAUGUGUCCCCAUUGCUCCCUGAGCCCCAGGCACCAAUUUUGCUUGUUUCAGCUGCAGAAGAUCCAGUAAAUUUACACGUGUGGAUAGAAGCUGGUGCAUAUGUGGUUCCAAUCAGUAUUAAUGCUAAAGGCGUAUUGAGUUUACACGAUAUUCAAGAUGCAUUGAAGGCGAGUAUUUCAAUAUUGGUUGAUAUGAAGCUUGUAUGCGAUGCCACAGGUGUUAUACAACCUGUCAAAGACAUUUCAACAGCAAUUCACAAGGCCAAUCGACUCGUGUUUUUCGAUUACACGACUGCAGCACCCUAUAUCGAUACAAAAAUAUCUGGAUCAGUUGAUCAAUUGGCAUGGCCUGAUGGAGCAAUAUCUACUUCUCACAAUCUGCUAGGAGGACCAAAUGCGAGAUCAUUUAUUCUAGUAAAAAAAAACUUGGUGUUGCCAAUUGUUGCUGCUCAAAAUGGAGUUCCUGCACAGCGCGAGUUUCUGUUGUCAUUGUUUGAUACAGGAUCUAAACCGGACAUGAUUGCGAAUGUACGUGCAGGGUUUGCCUGCACCAUCAAAUCCCUUUUAAACUCUGCUCACAUUCAAUGGCGCCAAUUAAACAUCACUGCUACUUAUAUCGACCGAUUUAGACUUUCAAAUCUUAUUGUGAUUGGUUUAAAUCAUUCAAAUCGGCUUCCAAUAUUUUCAUUUGUUAUCAAGGGCCCUGAAGGAAAAAAACUACUGCAUUAUCGUUUUGUUGCACGACUCUUGAAUGAUUUGUUUGGUAUUCAGACCUGGAGCGGAAUGACAAGUGCUAGCAAUUAUCACUUUGAUUGUAUGAAGUUGGGGAUCUCGCAUCAAGACGGCACCAUCCAAUGCUUUAGUGAAGUUGAAAAUGCGUAUCGCCAGCACGCAUCAGUGGAUCCUGGGUCUACCCCCAAACUAGCUCCUAUAUUUGACUGUAUUCUUCCUGGAUUUGUGCGUGUUGAUUUAUCGUUUAUUCAAACCACCAAAGAGAUUGAUUACAUUACAGAUGCUAUAGAGUGGAUUGCGAGAGACGGAUACACACUUCUUCCUCUUUAUGAGCCGCAACGAAGCGGCGCUGAUUGGACCAUUUCUAAAAACCUGCCGAUAGAUCACCCUGACAUGCCGUUACGCCCACAUACAAGGAAGCGUCAGUUUGAUAUAAAAAAAUAUGUAAUGAUGGCUGACGAUCAUCUUCAAAAACAUUGGCAUAAAACGCAGUUUCAGCAGGUUGCGGGAAUGACCAAGCAUCCUGAUGAGCCAUUGUAUUAUAGAAAUGGUAGGGGAAGUCUUGAAGCGGAUGGAUCAGUUGUAGAUAUGGAGGCAGAUCCAACGCGUGUCGAAGGAUUCUAUUUAACUCGACAGGAUGUAAAUGAUUAUUUGGUGAGAUCAGGAAGACUGAGGGUUGGGUUUUCUCAUGUGCCUUUGAUGAAAAAAGCUAGAUGGGCUGUCACGCAAGCCAUUAGCAGUAUUAGGUUGAAAUGA